AUGGCUUCGCAUACAAGGCCACCUCUCCCCUCGCCUCAACCGUCAACUCGCAGCACCCCCAAGAAACCUUCGCUUGGAAAGCGUACCUCAUCAGCCGGCCCCAAGCGUGGUCAAGAGUUCUCGGUCGAUGACGAUGUGAAUGAAGUCGAACAAGACAAGGCCUCGACAUCGUCCAGCCAUGUUCUGAAUCCCAAAGCUUCUACACUCCGUCGCCGACCAACAGCCCAGCCACCACUUCUUGCAAGAGUCGAAUCAGACGAACGAGAGGACGACCAACUAUCAAGGCCUCAGACAAGAGAAGCACACAGACAGGCUGACUCUGACGACACAGAGACCACACUACAUCCCGAGGAAGAGGAGGAAGGCUACAUUUCUGCAAAAGACCAGGACGACGAGAACGAUGAUAACGAUGUCGACGACGAUGAUGCCGACCUAAGUGACGCCGAGAGCUUCACAUUGAAGGACAGGCAAGAGGCCAUCAACGAGACACAUCCUUUCGGUAUCCGUAUCUGGAAGCCUGCUUUAUACAAGAAGAGUCGCUCUGUUCAGGCCACGGCCGAAGGUGACAUUCACCAGGCUCCUGGUCACCACGUCAGCUUGGGAUUGCUAUUUUUCAACCUUCUCUGGACCCUCAUAUGCGGCUGGUGGCUUGCCUUGCUCUGCGCUGCUGGAGCUCUUAUCUGCUUUGCCCUGCGUUUCACGCCAGGCUGCCAGGAGUACGGUUAUGUGUUAUGGCAAUUCGCUGGCUACAUCUUCUAUCCUUUUGGAAAGUAUGUUUUGCUUGAGCAUGAUGAAGCUUAUAUGCACGAGGAUUCAGGCGAAGGUCGCAGCAUUUCUGAGUACGAGCGGUGGCAGACUGGUGACCUUGAGGAGGGUAGAUUGUUCUUUGGUCCAACAGACAUCAACCGAUCCCUGAUUGGUCGAAGAAGAGACAGCGUCGAGACCACUCCUGAUGAGACUGACAGCUUACUUGGUCGCCCGGGUAGACGCUCCAGUGGAGACAAGCAAGAUACAAAGUCGAGACUGUUCGGCCGUGGAAAGUGGACUGUUGGAAGAAUCAUCUUUUUUGCCGUUUUCUGGGGCUUCAUCACUCCGUCGCUUUGGCUUAUCUCUGCUCUCUGUUGGUUCCUCGUCUUCACGAUUCCCAUGGGUAAGGUCACGCUCCUCCUGCACCAUCACUUGAGAAGACACCCACUGGCUCUAUCUUUCCACUCCGACACUCAUGACGCCAGCCGUGGACCUAACCAAGCUCCUUCAAGCGUCCUCCUCUGUACUUACCGUGCUGUUGGUAGCAGAUACUGGAAGUAUACCAUUGACGGCACUAACAUCUUCCUCAUCAACUUGUUGAGCAUGGUUGCCUUUGCCAUCUUCGACUUCUACGUUCUGAGGGAGUAUCUGGAGCUCGACAUGUUCAUCGCCUCAUCUGGUUUCAUCUUCAUCCUCGGUCUGUUCUCUAUCAUCCCUUUGGCAUACUUCAUCGGUCAGGCUGUUGCUUCCAUUUCUGCACAAUCGUCCAUGGGUGUAGGCGCUACCAUCAACGCCUUCUUCUCCACCGUCGUCGAAGUGUUCCUGUACUGCGUUGCUCUUAACCAAGGUAAGGCUCAGCUGGUUGAAGGCAGUGUCAUUGGUAGUAUCUUUGCCGGUAUCCUCUUCCUUCCGGGCAUCUCGAUGUGCUUUGGUGCCAUCAAACGCAAGACUCAACGAUUCAACGUCAGAUCUGCAGGUGUUACAUCGACAAUGUUGCUCUUUGCAGUCAUUGGCUCCUUUGGUCCAACCCUGUUUUAUCAGAACUAUGGUAGCCACGAACUUGUCUGCCACCAGUGCGUCAGAGGAGAUGACGCCAAGGGAGACAGAGAUUGUAGACGCUGCUACUUUAAUCAGGUCCCUGCCAUCAACGAUCGUUUCUUCCUCGAAGCUGUGCGCCCCUACAUCUGGUUCUGCGCUUUCUUCCUGUUCUUGUCAUACAUCAUUGGUCUCCUCUUCACUCUGCGUACCCAUGCAGCAGUCAUCUGGAACAACGAACUUGACGAGAAGAAGCUGGAAAAGAUGGAGCACCAAGCAUUGCACAUUGAGGCUCGUCAUGGCAGUAUCCCUGAGACCAUUGUUGCCAACCCUCAUGCACACAUGAGCCGUAACAGCACUAUGGGCACAAUCGGCACUCUGCCUCGUGGAAACAUUCAAGAAUCGCAACUGUACAAGCGCAUUCUCGGUCAAUCGCUGAAACAGGCCGGCUUUGGCAGUACUGCCCCUAGUGAGCAGCACUCUCCUGACAAGUCUACAGCUCCUUUUGGUGGCCCGACACACCUUGUACCUCCCAAGUCCAGCGAAGAAGACGGCGAUAGGAUCCAACAGCAUAAGCUACGAAUCCCUGGUCUCUCUGCGGAAGACAACACUGCUUUGGUACGUCAAGUUGCAGAGAUGGCAGCAACUGCAGCGACCGUGGCUGCCCGUGAUGCGACUCGCGCUCCUCGCAAGGCAUCACAGAUGGCAAGCACCAGCGCUGGCAGUGUAAAGCACCACGGCUCCAUCUCGUCAUCGGCCGGUCAUUCAGCCUCAGCAACUAAGAGUGGUGCCAUGCCCGAGGAUGCUGGGGAAGUUCAUGGAGAGGUCCACGAGGCUCCAGCUCAUGAAUCGGGUGGUCACGAUGCACCUAACUGGAGCCGCACAAAGAGUGCGGUGAUCCUGUUGACUGCCACUGUCGCAUAUGCCGUCAUUGCCGAAAUUCUGGUAGACACAGUUGACAGUGUUCUCGAACACAUUGACAUUGACGAAAAGUUCCUCGGUAUCACUCUUUUCGCGCUCGUGCCAAACACGACCGAAUUCCUGAACGCCAUCUCCUUCGCCAUGAACGGAAACAUUGCAUUGUCGAUGGAGAUUGGUUCAGCUUACGCACUCCAAGUAAUGCUUCUGCAGGUCCCUGCUUUGGUCUUCUACUCUGGUAUAUGGGCACAAUGGAUGGAACCAGCCCAUGUUGCUGAUCACACCUUCAACUUGAUCUUCCCUCAAUGGGAUAUGGUGACCAUUAUCCUCGGCGUCUUCCUAAUGGGCUGGGUUGUUGGCGAAGGCAAGAGCAACUACUUCAAGGGUUCUAUUCUGAUCCUCGCCUACCUGACCAUCAUCAUUGGCUUCUGGUUCUCGAGCUGGAGCAGCGACGAGGGAGGCAUUAAUCGCUUCAUGGGCAUCGACCGCUUCGAUACACUCGCCUUGCCAACCAACGUACAGACUUUCAACACGAUUGGAAAGUCUACACGAGGGCAGGCCUUCGGUUGA